ACCUUGACCGUGCAACAGCUUCGACCGUUUGUUUCGAAAAGGCAAAAGAUCGCAGCGUGUUGAUCUGACCGAGUUCGUCGCUUCUCCUACACACAAUCUUUGUCAAUCUCUCGCGCAAAACCGUGUCGAACAUAAGUCGCACUCACGUGAAUUUUGGGCUGCUGUGCUUUUGGUGUGCGGUGUGUCCAAGAGGUAAAAGAAAAACAAAGUUCCAAGCUGACAACGAUCAGAAAAAACACAAGAAAAACAGUGAACCGUUCCAUUAUUUGAACUUUUUUUUUUGUUGAGGAAUGUAAGUGAGAACAACUUCUUGAAAGACUUACUUCAGAGUGUGUAUUACAAACGGGAGGAGCUGGAACGAGCAACGCGCGCGAAAAAAAAAAUUCACCAUCAUUUAUAGCGCGAAAAAAGUUGCAUAUCAUUCCCAUAACGGGUUCGACCGUCGGCGGAAACAUUACAACAGAUUGGAUUAGCUGGGCCAGGAAAAAUUCCAUUACAAGAAGUUGUAAAUUGUGACCAUUGAAGGUCCUCCAAUGAAGAUGAUAACGUUAAAUUCAAGCAAUGUAUUCAUUUUUACACUAAUGGUGGUUAUUACGACCAACGCGUUUGUAACGGAGAGCAGAAAACUGGAUCCAAACAAUUCUAAUGAUGAUGAUAGCCGACCCUCUAUAACGACAUACGAUCAGCGCCAAACUGGAAAGUAUAACGUUCAUGUGAAUAUUAAAGAUGUUAAAAUAAUAUCUGUCGAUGGCGAUAAAUUUGAUGGUGAAUUUGGGGAUGAUACCAUCUAUGAUUAUGGGGACUAUGAUUACGACCCUGCGCACUUGACAGUCAACCCGCUUCCUAUUUUCGGUGGAGCAACAUCCACGAAACCUCCAAAAUCAACCACAAAAACACCCGUUUCUAUUACUACUACAAAACAAAAAACGACGACCACAGAACCAACCAAGCCUCCUGUCACCACCAGUGAGCCACCGAAAACUACAAAACCCACGAAACUCGACAACUCGACUCAGAUUCUAUCUGUUCACACUACACACAUUCCGUCUGCCAGCAAUAUCUACAUCUUUAAGCCUACCCCCAAUUACCAUCCCAAUCCUGUCCACUACGACUAUCAGGAAAUCCCUGUUGAGGUAAUCGUUGAACCUGUACUGAAACCGAAAUAUCGCAGCGCUAAUACGCGCAUCACGGCAAACCGACAUCAUCAUUACCGCACUAAACCAUCCUCCACGGAUCAGUUGACCGGUAGCGUAGUUCAUUACGUCCAUUCGGGAAAUGAAGCGACACAAAAGGCAGCAGCCCACUACGAAACGUCUGCAUCCCUUGGGGCCAAGGCUUGUGCCAAGGGCGAGUAUCGUAACAGGACUGGCAAAUGUCGCGAGCGAAGAUCUGGAAUACAGACGCCGGCUGCUUAAUUUGUUAGCAUCUUUCAAGGAAAAGGACGACUGAACCGGUUAAAUGGGUCGCUGAGCACUAACUCAAUGAAGCGAUGAAGCCACUGAACUGUUUGAAGACUACAUUUUUUAAUUUAUUACUUUUAUCAGAUGUUCAGAAAUGCAUUUAGAGAUUAGAACGAAUGUUAGAAAUAAGGGACCUCGAAUUACAAUUACUGUUCAAUAAACGUAACUUUGAACAA